AUGGCAAAGAUCACCCAACUCCUGUUCGACUGCGACAACACCCUCGUGAUGUCCGAGGAAUUGGCCUUCGAGGCGUGCGCCGACAUUGCCAAUGAAAUCCUGGCGAAGCGCGACAUCACUGACCGCUAUACUGGCGAAGAACUCAUCAAGGACUUUGUCGGCCAGAACUUCCGCGGUAUGAUGGUCUCUCUGCAAGCCAAGUACGGCUUCGAGAUGGACAAGGACGAGAUCGAGCACUACGUCAAGGAGGAAGAGAACCAGGUUAUCGCCAAGCUCGAGGCCAAGGCUGUCCCCUGUAUUGGUGUUAUGGAGGAGUUGGAAAAGCUCCACGAGUCUGGUAAAUACGACAUGGCUGUUGUCUCGUCGUCUGCUCUCCGCCGUGUCCGCGCCUCUAUCAAGAAGGUCAACCAGGACAAAUACUUCAAGCCAGACCACAUCUUCAGUGCUGCGACCUCGCUUCCUCAGCCUACCUCCAAGCCCGACCCUGCCAUUUACCUCCACGCCAUCAACGUUUUGGGCAAGAAGGCAGAGGAAUGCGUCGCCAUCGAGGACAGCCGCUCCGGUGCUCUCAGUGCCAUCCGCGCCGGAAUUCCUGUUAUUGGCUACGUGGGCAGCUAUCACGGCGACGACAAGCGCGGUGAAAUGGCCGCUAAGCUGACUGAACUCGGUGCCAAGAUCGUCAUGAAGGACUGGGCCGAAUUCGAGUCAUGCCUCAAGCACAUCGAGGAGCCUGCUGACACCAGCAUGGCCAGUCUCUAGUCGACUGGCUUUUGCCAUGACCCCCUUUUCUCUUGUGUUUUUAAUUGAUAUCCCCUUUACUAGCGCGCGUCCCCUUCUUAUCUUCACUUCACCAUUCCAACCUCUUUUACGAUCCAGCCGCUCAAGCGCUCAAGCACUUGACGGGUUCGCCGGAGUUGAGCUCCCCCUUUUUUCAUUUUAUUUUCUCUAAUGAGCAUCACGAGGGUUUCAUGGAUUGCAUGAUCGUCUACUGUACUUUAUUCCAAUCGGCGAAACAAAGCGCAGCGGCUGAUCUGGCGCACGGGUCUGGUUUCUUUACUGGGGGGCAAUUUGCCUAAUUACCAUUACUUAUUUUUUUUUUGUCUCUGCAAAACCAUAGAUAUGAUUUCUGUUACAUAGUUUCAGGAAUAGAAUACCUUGCAGAUUUGUCUUUUUUUUCUUCAACGUGUAGAUACGCAGGGAUCAUCGAUGUAGGGAUGGACGUCGGUUAAGGUAAACUAUCAUCCCCACAAAAUGGACGCCGUGGCUUCAAGGCUAGAUAUGCACGACGACAACUGCGUAAGCUUGUGGGGAAUUAGUCAGGAUCCAAUCGGUUCAGUGUCGUCCGUGGCCUUGACCCUUUUUUUUGGUGGUUGUUCGGAUUUGAGGCCGAGUUCGUGAGGUUUUUGUCAGGGUAUGAUGUGUAUUGUAUAUAGGCCCUAUUCUGGGGAUUUUGCAUUGGUUGAUACUGGGCAUUAACAUAG